CGUGAGUUUGAUACUCGUACUGUCGUCUACGGCAUGUACAAGGACGGUCCGCAACGAGAGGGGGGCGCGACACAAUCUUUCUCGCUCCACAAAAUUGUUUCGUUCGGCAGGCCAACAGCAACCAUCUAAGAUGAGCUACGCGUACCAAAACCCCACGAGGACAACAACGCUUCUGCUGUUGUGGAUCGGACUGCUUGGCUGUUCCACAAGGACGAUCCACUCGUUCGUGCACAUUCAAGCCCGCGCAUCCAAUCCCCGGCCGUCCGGGUCUGCUGGGAACCACAAUCAUCGCAUUGCGAGUGCCAAGCACCACCGGCCCUCCGCGGGACCGACCCCGUCGGCAACCGGAUUCGAUGGCUCCAGCGAGCUCUAUGGGUCGGAAGGGUCCAGAGAAGAGGACAUCGACGAGGAUGCCAGCUACGAGCGUGCACAGCGCAUCAUGUACAACCAGCUGUCCCGGAAGCGAGAAUCCGUCCGGUACCAGAUCAUCGCCGCCGAGGCCUGCGAGCCGCUCGCGAUGCGCAUGGCCGAGAAAUACCCCGAUCGGUUCCACUUCCACCCCACCACGUGGGCCAAGUUCCCGGACGGGACCGACAACAUCGAGAUCGGUGGCUUUUCGAACCCGAGAAACGUGGUGUCGGGGGAAAAGGUCCUCUUCCUGGGGAGCUUCCACAGCAACGACACGACGCUGAGCCAGUUCCAGGUCAUGAUCUGCCUCCUCCAGAGCUUCAUCGAGUCGCUGACGGUCGUUCUGCCCUUUUCGCCGGUGGGAACCAUGGAGCGGGUGACGAACGAGGGGCAGGUUGCCACGGCGGCAACAUACGCACACAGUGAGUACAGCGCAGCGUGACUAUUGCAGUAUGUGCGGUACCGCAGGAUCUUGCUUCUGACACGCACACACACACACACACACACACACACACACUCGCACCAACCUUGUUUUUGGUCGUCGCCGUUGCUCACUCGUCGUUGGUUUCCCGCUCCCACAGUGUUCUCGUCCCUCCCCAACUGCGGCCGGCCGACGCGGCUCAUGGUCUACGACCUCCACACGCUCCAGAACCGGUUCUAUUUGCACGGGAAUUCCGUGGCCUCCCUCCACACCGCCAUCCCCCUCCUCAAGGAAAAGAUCGAGGCCACCGGGAUCAACUGCGUGGCCUUCCCCGACGACGGGGCCGCCAAGCGCUUCUCGGGCAUGUUCCUGGACAUGGACCUCGAGAUCAUCGUCUGCGGGAAGACCCGGGGGGAGGGCGACGCCCGGAGCGUGACCAUCCAGGACGGAAACGCCGACGGGAAGCACAUUGUCAUCGUCGACGACCUGGUCCAGACCGGGGGGACCCUGUACGAGACGGGCCGGGUCCUGGAGGAAGCCGGGGCCGCCAGCGUGAACGCCUUUGUGACGCACGGGGUCUUUCCCAACGAGAGCUGGAAGCGGUUCAACAAGGGCGGCGACCGGGCCUGCUUCGAAAAGUUCUGGGUCACGAAUUCCAUACCGACGGUCACGAACGACCUCCCGGAGGAGGACGGGAUCUUCGAGGUCCUGGACCUCCUGGAUCUGAUCAUCGACGACCUCGAUCACUACAACUCCAUCUGAUCGGACCGGGGCCAAACAAUGUCCAAAACGAGCGGCUUGGAACGGAAGGGAACAACGACCGGAGCGACCAAGGACUCUUUGGUUGCCCCUAGCGUGCUACCGCAAGAAGGAAGGGCGUUCUCGCCGCUGGUUGCUACUGUGCGCACGGUAUUGGAACGAAUGGCAAGAAAGUCGAAUGCCGGAAUCUUUCUACCAUCUCUACUCGAUCGAAAUGGUUCACCUAGUAGUUUUAUGGGCGAAUGGAUCUGUGGGUAUAGGCAUGGAGGACGAUUCUUGGUGCUGCAGGUAUCCGAGCGUAUCUUCUCAUGGAACCUGCUAGUGUACGGUUUUGUCGUUUCAGAGAAUACAAUUCGUUCCGAUCAUCCACAAUGAAUCACUAAAAAUAAG